AUGGAAUUAAGGGUGAUCAUACUUGCUUCUCAAAUUCUCUUGUAUCCCUCUCUACGUGUGGAGAGAUCACAACAUUCUCAAAUUUGUCAUGGUUACCUUAAGGUGGAUGAUUUGAAGUUAGUAGCACUGUGCGACGAAAUCUCAUACAAACGGGAUGCUAUACUCUGCAAAGGAUCAACUACUAAACUGAGCCAGUAUUAUAAAAGAUUUGCAGGGCAGGGGAGGAAGGGAUACUCGAUCUGGGAGUCAUCUCACCUCAUGAUAGAAACCGUGUCACCUGGUCGCUCUACUAAGGGCAAGCCACGUCAAGAGAUCUCAUCUCCUCUUAAGUGGAUGAUCUUCUUGGCAAAUUUUCUUGUUUUUCUAUCUGGAGUCAGUGUUUUCGCACUAGGAGUAUACCUGUUCAUCAAAGAUCUCAGCGAUGUGAAAUUUGUCGAUAUUGUACUCAAUCCCGCCAUUCUGCUCGGAGUCCUUGGUUGCGUGUCAGCGUGCUGUAGCCCAACCUUCUCAUCUGACGAAGAUUAUAACGUGACGGUUCUGUUCCUAUUGGUUGAUCGUCUACCGAGGUUUCCUGUGCAGUAUCCGACAAACUUUCCGGAGUUUGCUGAUGCUGACGCGUCGAGUACUGCUGUUGCCAUUGCUCCAAAAUUGUUCUGUGAUCUUGUUGGAGCUUUCUAUGGCGUGUAUGGCGGAUAA